AUGGAGGUCAACCAUUUCAUCUUCGCCCUUAUCUCUCUCUCUUGUCUCUUCUCUGUUUCUGCUAAUGUCCCUCCACCCCUUUCCAAUGCUUCUAGCCCUGCUUCUUCAGAACUUUAUGAUAUGAUGGAGGUCAUGUCUGAAUCACCAUCACCAUUUGCAUUCGAUGGUACAACAUUGGAAAGCAUUGAUGAUUUAUUGAGUAUACUACCUAGUGGUGUCGACCCUGCCCUUCAGCAAAUCUGUGGGAACACUGAUCACCCCGUCGAAUGUAUCAUAGCAACUAUGCCAUUCCUAGAUGGGAAUGCUCCUAUUGAGCCUCUUUCUGUCCUUAAAGCUGGGAUUAAAGCAAUGGAUAACCAGACCAAAGAUGCAUUAGCGGAGGUUACAAGGCUCUCAAUGGACCCCACUACCCCUAAAACUAUUGUUCCCAUCCUUCAAACAUGCAUUGAUGUCUACAAUAACAUUCUUAACAGUGAUCAAAAAUCCCUUGAAGCCAUCUCCAACCAUAACCUUGUUCAGUUGAGCACAGAACUAGGCGCCAAUGUGGAAAUUGUACUCGGUUGUGACAAUGCUUUCAAACAGGCUAAGCUUGAAUCUCCAAUGAAGGACAUGGAUGCAAUGCUUGCAAAUAUCAUUAGCAACACCUUGACCAUUGGUGUCGACAUGGUCCACUUUUAG